AAUGAAUUACUUAGAAUAACACCUAUCGUUAGUAAGAAAGAGUCUCAUGGAUGUUCAUUCAACGCCCUUGCACUGGAUUACGGAUGGAUUGCAGCACCUUGCGGGACAUUAAGGGGGGAGCCUGCUUUAGAACGUUGAAAAUAAGCGCGCAGGAAUAGAAUCUCCGAGGCUUGAUGCAGCGGAUAAGAGAAUAAAAAACGCGCUCGACCAUCAUUGCUCUCAGUCCGCAUCAAGAAAUCUCCAAGGAACUUUGAGAUCUUCAGGGAUGAUUAGCUUCGUGCACGUUUUGUGUGCUGCACUGAUCCUGUGCGGCUCCUAUGCGACGCCAGAAGAUCCUUACUUCUUGGUAAUAAAGGAUGAACAGGAGAACUUUGUGUCGUUCUUGGAGAAGACGUACAAGUAUGUCCCGACCUGGUCCAGUCUGGACAGUCGACCACUUCCGACCUGGUACGACGACGCGAAAUUCGGAAUCUUCAUCCACUGGGGUGUGUUCAGCGUGCCCAGUUUUGGAUCCGAAUGGUUCUGGACCAAUUGGAAAGGUGAAACUGGUACAAGUACAAAGUACCGUGACUUCAUGAAGGCCAGGUAUCCUCCAAACUUCACCUAUCAGGACUUUGGACGUGACUUUACUGCCGAAUUCUUCAACGCGACUCAGUGGGCCGAGCUGUUCCAAGCGUCAGGUGCAAAGUACAUCGUGUUGACCAGCAAGCAUCAUGAAGGGUAUACACUAUGGCCAUCGACGUACUCGUUCAGUUGGAACUCUAUGGAUGUGGGCCCUCAGAAGGAUCUUGUUGGUGAACUGGCAAAGGCAAUUCGCAGCAACACUCACAUAAAGUUUGGCCUGUAUCAUUCCAUGUACGAGUGGUACAAUCCUCUCUACCUGGCAGACAAGAGAAGCAAUUUUACAACGGAUACGUUUGUGACUCGGAAAAUAAUACCAGAAUUACACGAAUUGGUGGAAACCUACAGGCCGGAAGUGGUCUGGUCAGAUGGUGACUGGGAAGCGACGGACUCUUACUGGAAGUCCAAAGAAUUUCUCACAUGGUUGUACAAUGAGAGUCCCGUGAAGGACACAGUAGUGGUGAAUGACAGAUGGGGCAGCAAUAUGCCGUGUCACCACGGUGGUUUCUACACGUGCACUGAUCGCUUUAAUCCUGGCGUACUUCUCCCGCACAAAUGGGAAAAUUGCAUGACGAUCGACAAAAAAUCCUGGGGAUUCCGCAGGGACGCCCCUUUGUCGGAAUACUUUACACUAGCGGGUUUGGUGAAGGAACUGGUCGUUACCGUAAGCUGCGGUGGAAAUUUACUGAUGAACGUCGGACCGACGAAAGAUGGCAUCAUUUCACCGAUAUUCGAGGAGAGAUUGCGUGGGAUGGGUGAUUGGCUCGCGAUUAACGGAGAGGCAAUCUACGAUACCAAGCCUUGGACUACACAAAAUGAUACUCUGACGGGAAGCGUUUGGUACACGCAAAGUAAAGACGAAAAACGAUUGUAUGCCUCAAUUUUAGAGUGGCCAGAUGAUGAUGUCUUGGAGGUAGGCUCGCUUAAACUUCCGGCAAAUUCUCAAAUACAUCUACUUGGCUACUCGUCGGUCAUUCCCUGGAAGCAACUCAAUAAUAAGUUGGCGAUAUCUUUACCUGCCAACGCACACAGAGGACAGCCGGGUUGGGUACUAAAAAUUGAAAAAUAAUUACUUCUGAAGCGAUAUCAGUUUGAUAAUUAAGCUCGUUUUGCUUUUAAAGCAAAAUUUAAAUAAACAAGUCUCUGGCAAGACUGAUAACUCUCUUUUUUCAAUAAAGAUGAGCAAACUUUAAUUAUCAACUUGAUACUUCAUGCAGGAUUAAAGAUUUUAGAUAUAGGUAUAUUUCAUCAAGAGUGUAUCACAUGUUGUACAUUUGUUAUAAAAAUAUUUGUCUAUAUUAUUUUCCUGUAAUAAAAUAAAAGAAAUAGAAA